AUGGCCAGCAUGACUGACCGGUUGGACUUCUUCUCGCGGAGGUGCGCGUGGGUGAACGGCCCCAUCAUCGUUGGAGCAGGGCCGUCCGGGCUGGCGGUCGCGGCGUGCCUGAAGGAGCACGGCGUGCCCUCGGUCAUCCUCGAGCGCGCCGACUGCAUUGCCUCCCUCUGGCAGAAGCGCACCUACGACCGCUUGAAGCUUCACCUCCCCAAGCAAUUCUGUCAGCUGCCUAAGUUCCCCUUCCCCGAGGAUUACCCUGAGUAUCCCACCAAGAAGCAAUUCGUCGACUACUUGGAGUCGUACGCCAAGCACUUCGAGAUCAGCCCGCGGUUCAACCAGUCGGUGCAGUCGGCGAGGUACGACGAGACAUGCGGGCUGUGGCGCGUGAGGACCGUUGGAGCUGGCGCCGAGGCAGGUAACCGGAGCCACGAGGUGGAGUACAUUGGCAGGUGGAUAGUGGUGGCCACCGGCGAGAACGCUGAGAAGGUGGUGCCGGACCUGGAGGGGCUGGGGGGGUUCGGCGGCGACGUGAUCCAUGCUUGCGACUACAAGUCCGGUGAGGCCUACCGCGGGAAGCGCGUGCUGGUGAUCGGAUGCGGCAACUCCGGCAUGGAACUCUGCCUCGACCUCUGCGACCACGAUGCCUUCCCGGCCAUCGUGGUCCGCGACUCGGUUCACGUACUGCCGAGGGAGGUUCUCGGGAAGUCGACGUUCGAGCUGGCUGUUCUGCUGAUGAAGUGGCUGCCGCUGUGGCUGGUGGACAAGAUCCUGCUGCUGUUGGCAUGGCUGGUGCUGGGGAACGUAGAGAAGUAUGGCUUGAGGAGGCCUUCCACUGGUCCCCUGGAGCUCAAAAACACACAAGGACGAACCCCUGUUCUCGACUCAGGGGCACUCGCCAAGAUAAGAUCCGGCGACAUCAAGGUAGUCCCUGGCAUCAAGAGGUUCUCCCCUGGAAGAGUCGAGCUCGUCGACGGCCAGGCCCUCGACAUCGAUUCCGUCAUCUUGGCCACAGGAUACCGCAGCAACGUCCCUCAGUGGCUUCAGGGAUGUGAUUUCUUCUCCAAGGAUGGGUUUCCGAAGACCCCAUUCCCAGACGGGUGGAAAGGGCAGUCUGGGCUCUACGCGGUUGGCUUCACAAGGAGAGGCCUCGCCGGUGCUUCCUCAGAUGCAGCGAGGACAGCCAAGGACAUCGGUAGGAUGUGGAAGGAGGAAACCAAGCCCGCGAAGCGACCUGUCGCCUGCCACAGGAGAUGCAUCUCACAGAUCUAA